AUGCAUUUUUAUUUUUUCAAGAAAUAAACACAUAUCGAGACAUGAGUGGUCGCACCCUUUAAGUGAGUGACCCUUGGAAGGACAUAAGGUAUUUGAGAGAGAAGAAAAAUCGAUGGUUUGUUUGGGACUCAGAUUCAUACAAUAAACGCCAAGUUACUGAGAGUUCCUUACUUGCUGGAGCAAUGGUUACUGGAAUAGCAGUGGCAUUGAUGAUGAUUCUCAUAGGGUGGGCUUAUAUGGCCUUAAAGCCCCCUCCUCCAAAACUAUGCGGAUCCAAAGGUGGUCCUCCAGUCACUUCAGCUAGAGUGAAGCUCAGUGAUGGGAGGCAUUUGGCCUACCGGGAAUUUGGUGUUCCUAAGGAUGAAGCUAAGUACAAGAUCAUUGUCAUUCAUGGAUAUGGCAGUUCAAAAGAUGCAAAUUUGCCAGUUUCUCAAGAAUUUAUUGGAGAUCUUGGGAUAUAUUUCCUCUACUAUGACAGAGCAGGUUAUGGUGAAAGUGAUCCACAUCCAUCACGCUCUGUGAAGAGUGAAGCAUAUGACAUUCAAGAACUAGCUGAUAAAUUGCAACUUGGUUAUAAAUUUUAUAUAAUUGGAAUGUCAAUGGGAGGUUACCCUGUUUGGAGCAGCCUAAAAUACAUUCCACAUAGAUUAUCAGGAGCAGCUUUGGUGGUUCCAUUUGUAAGCUAUUGGUGGCCUUCUAUUCCUGAUAAUCUAUUAAGAGAAGCACUUCUAAUGCUACCUAAGUCAGACCAAUGGACAUUUCGAGUUGCUCAUUACACCCCUUGGUUAUUCUAUUGGUGGAUGACUCAAAAAUGGUUCCCUUCAUUGACUUUGACAACUUUGUUUUCUCCAGAUGACAGAGAAAUCCUGAAGAGCUUCCAAAACACUAGUCAGGAGAAGAUAACUCAACAAGGUGAAUAUGAAUCAUUACACAGAGACGUGAUGACAGCUUUUGGAAAGUGGGAAUUUGGGCCAACGGAAAUAGCAAAUCCAUUCCAUGAAAACAAUGGUUCAGUCCAUUUAUGGCAAGGCUUUGAAGAUAGGAUAAUUCCCUAUACCCUAAACCGUUACAUCUCACACAAAUUACCGUGGAUUCGUUAUCAUGAGAUUCCUGGUGCAGGGCAUCUUUUUAUUUUCAAGAAAAUUCAAUGCGAGUCUAUUAUUAGAGAACUUUUGCUCUCACCACAUAUUUCUUAAUAAGAUCUAUUGUGCCCAGUAAACCAUUCGUUUAUUUUAAUGCGAUAGCGAGUUUUGUAGGGACUUGUCAUAUCUUUUAUUGUUUAUAAAUUUUUAAUUUUUAUCACAUUGUAUCAUUUAAUAUAUUUUAUUUUUCUU